UACACUAUUUUCCCUUCCCUUCCUCCCUGCGUCACCCACAUUUAAAUCUUAAUGAAAUUGUUAUUAAGAAGAGGUAUUACCAGAAGAAAUGCUAUUCUUUUUUGCCACCAUACACUAACUUGGCUCUCCUUUUACAAUGUAUAGUCUGAAUUCAUUUGAUAUGCAUGAUCAAUCUCCAAAAUAAAGCCUUUGUGACAGAGGUAGAAAAAUUUACACACAUGUCCAUGCUCAGGAGGAAAGCUCUUUCCCUGGCUCUCUGCUGUUCAGUCCUAGUUUUGGCAUGUAUAGAGCAAUCCUAUUCAGCCAUAAAAGAUCCAAUCUUCAGAUACCUUCAAGGAUCUCUCUCCAACACAGAGACUGCUCUUCAAAUGUCAUCACUGUAUGUACAUUUCUCGCCUCUUGCUUCCUAGAUGAACUUUCAUUGAGGGCUUUUCAUUGUUCUCCUUGUGAUGGGAUUAAAAGGCUAUAUUGGCAUUGGAAACAUGGCCAUAUUUAGGUUUAGUAGUCUUAGGCUGGUCCAAUUCACGUGUAAAUAGACGUGUAAAUAGACGUGUAAAUAGACAGGGAUCAGGGACAGCAGAAAGAUAUGGGGGAAAGGGUGUGCAGAGGGGCAGAAAGAGGCAGGAGGAAGACUUUGCAGCUUUAUAAUUUUUCCAUCUUAAGCUCUUCGUUAGAUACAUUGCACUGUUACAGUGCAGAUAUACCAUAGUGUUUCUUUAGUUUAGCGCAACAUCUUUAUCUGUGUGGUGGAGGUUAUGUAGUUGCUAAGUAGUGUCCGUCUCUUCGCAACUCAAAGCACCCUAAUAUGCCAGUCUCCCAUAUUUUCCAGUCUCCCAGAGUUUGCACAAUUAUCCAUAUGGUACAGAAGUUAAUCAAUCACACAUGUCCUUUUAUACCUUGGAUUUUGACAAAGCUCAAUAAUCUUAUUUUCUUUUCUUUUUCUUCUUAGCAGCAAUCCUAAGCCAUUCAGAGGAACCUACAGUACUGUGCAGUAAAGAGACUUCACCCCUUCACAUGUGAGCCAAAAGAGUCAGGAAAUGGUAGGGAGACGUCAUUUAAACUCCGGAUAAAACCUUGACUUUUUUGUCAUUUCGUUUUAUCCUCAGCAUGUCCAUCGUCAACAUUUAAAAUACCCAUGGAAUCGAGUAUACCGAAUCGAUCAACGCAGAUCACUUAACAGUGAGUUACUCUUUUGCCUUGAUGCUAAAAAAAACCUCCACUUUUGGGGAAUCCCUCCCACCCCCCCGUCCGCUCAUUUAUAGCAUAGAGAUCCCAAAUCACCCGAAUCAAACUAAUUUUCCGCCUGAAUUUCCCUUCGGCCUGGCGUCCCCGGUGCAAUCGGAGGACAACACGUGUGUGCGCCGCUCAGCUCCGGAACCGAGCCUCGUUAGUUGAGCCGGCCCCUUCAAGGACUGGCAGCCAAUGGCUGCGCCUGGCGUCGCCGGGGCCCGAAAGCCGCCUGAUUCACAAGCCGGUAAAACGUCUGACUGCGCGUCACGCCGCCGUGUGGAAACCGGGACGAAGAUGGAGGAAUACGCGCGCGAGCCUUGCCCCUGGAGAAUAGUGGAUGAUUGUGGUGGUGCUUUCACAAUGGGAGCCAUCGGUGGAGGCAUCUUUCAAGCAAUCAAAGGAUUCAGAAAUUCCCCAGUGGGUGUAAAUUACCGGUUGCGGGGUAGUUUGACAGCUAUUAAAACCAGAGCACCACAGUUGGGAGGUAGCUUCGCUAUCUGGGGUGGUCUCUUCUCCAUGAUCGACUGUAGCCUGGUGAAAGCAAGAGGAAAAGAAGAUCCCUGGAAUUCUAUUUCCAGUGGUGCUUUAACAGGGGCCAUUUUAGCUUCAAGAAAUGGACCAAUUGCCAUGGUUGGGUCUGCAGCUAUGGGAGGAAUUCUCCUAGCUUUAAUUGAAGGAGCAGGUAUUCUGUUAACAAGAUUUGCAUCUGCUCAAUUUCCAAAUGGUCCUCAGCUUUCUGAAGACCCAUCUCAGUUACAAGCCUCUCCCUUUGGAGACUAUAGGCAGUACCAAUGAUUUCUUCUGUUUCUGUUGAACUUUAAAAGUUUUACCUUUAAAAGGAGAAGCAAAAUGAAGCCUCAUUUGAAGACUUUUCAUUGGAUGUGUACAUGUAGAUGUUACUGUAUUUUUCACAAUAUUUAAAGGAUUAUGAAUAGGAAUUAUCACUGUAAAAUAAAUAUAAAAUGCCUGCAAACUCCAUAGAUAUUCCUUAUCUUAAGGAUCAAGCAACAUAUGGAUCUGUGGCCUUUUUUAGUGUAAUGCAGAUUAUGUCCCUGGGGAUACAACAAACCAUGUAAUAUGAAAACCUAUGGAAUGCACUAGCAGAAUAUGUGCUGGUAACACAUCUGCAGUGAGCAGUGUUGUGUUUUCUUCCAGAUAAUCAGAAAGAGAUGCAAAGCAUAGAAGAAAUACUUAAUUUCCUCUUAAUAUUCUUGUAAUGUUAAUAUAACUCUCCGUAGUGAGAAUGAAAUAUUAAGGGAGAUCAUAAUAGUUCUUUACUGAAUAUUUAAAAGGAUAUACUAUGUUGACAAAAGUUUCAAGGAUUAUUUUUGGCAAGAAAUCUGUUUUCUUGAGCUUUUUUAAUCUUCGGAAAAUAAGUCUUAUAUGCUGUUCAUGUAUGUAACAGUGGAUGAAAUGUUUGUGAUCAGAUGGUGUAAUUUGCAUGUCUAAAGUUCCUUACCCUAUCUGCACAACACCACGAUUGUCCCUCCUAUCAGUCUUAUCUGAAGCUAGUGUGUUUUCCACUUUUGUCUGUUUUAAAUGAAUUUACUAUUUUUUCCAAAGUAAUUAUACAAAGAAUAUAAAUAUGUUACCUGUUUUAGACUAAACAUGAGGAUGAACUUUAACAAGACAAAAUGCUAUAUGAACUUGUUAACUGGUUUGGAGAAAGAGUUAGGGAUGUGCAGCAUUUCACAUGCCAAUGGAAAAACAUGUCUUGGAAUGCCUGGGGGUGUUCAUAUAGCAACUGUUGGCAAUUUGUUAAAGCAGCCAUGUCUUCCUACAAUUGCAUGGCUGUCCUCCAUAAUGGUAACAUGAUGUUGAGAAAAGACUUACUUGGUCUGUAGUUGCUACAUGCAUACCCAAAUGCACACUAAAAGAACUUUAUUCCUAGUAAUCUGAAGCAAGGGUCCCCAAUCUCAGGCCUGCUAGGAACCGGGUCCCACAAGUGGGCAAGCAAGCAGAGUGCACAUGUGUGGGAUCUAGGUUGCGCAUAAAACCCUACCCCACCCCCGGUCUGUGGAAAAAUAGUCUUCCAUGAAACCAGUCUCUGAUAACAGAAAGGUUGGGGACUAGUGAUUUAAACCACUGAACAGCCUUAUUAUAGAUCUUAUUUAUGUGAUACUAGUUGCAAAAAAUCUGGCAACACAGAACAGGCUUUCUGAAGCUUAAAAUUAAAUUACUGCCCUCCAAUGGCACCUGUGUCUUAUUGUUAUAUUUUAAAAUGCGUCUUCUGUAAGAAUGUAUACAUGUAUCAACUUUCUGUGCUUUUUGCAUUGUCUUGAAGUCAACCAUGGCUGGGCUGCACCAUUUUAGAUAAGCAUUUAAUUAUACAACGCUAAAUUAUCUUAAUAGAGAAGACAGAGUUUAAAUGCAUUCUCCAUGUGAAAAAAAUUUGAAAUCUUGAGAGUUCCUAUCUGUACUCUAAAGUAGUACAGCCCCAGGAUUUUUGUCAUUUUAAGUAAGAAUUGAAUUUACUGUCUUGCAUGGACAAUUACAUGUCAAUAGCACAAUGGGAUUCAAUAAUAACGAAGAUUUUUGGAUAAACUAUUCUAAGAAGAUAGCUCCAAUAAAUUCACAAUUAUCAAAUUAUUUGGGUUUUUAUGUAUGCUCUAUCCUUGCAAAUUUCUACUUAAAUUAGGCCACAAUUGAGAUACACGAUAGGAGAAAUUGAACAACCCUGAAGAUAUUUUUAAGGUAUGGUACAAUUUUGAUAUAGUGUGGACAGCUUUUACCAGCAGUACUUUAACGUAGGUUAUAUUAGAAUAUAUGGCUUAUGAAUACAAGUAGUCCUUGCUUAGUGCCUUGUACAGUUACAAUGGUGAUGAAAAAAAUAACUGAACAAUCCUCGCGUUUAAGAGUUUUACAGGUCUGGAAAUGAAAGGAAAGCUAAAGUAAGAUCAUAAGCAAAACUGCAGUUUAACUUAGCAACCACUUUGUUUAAUGGAGUUGCUGGUCCCAAUUGUGGUCACUAAACAAGGACUACCUCUAUCUUGUUUGCAUAUAUAGGUUUAUAUUUACAUUCAUGUAAACAAAAUACAUGAGUGAAGAAGUAUAAUGAAGAAUAUUGCACCUCAAAAUCUAAGGAGGUCAAUAACAUCUAUAAUUUAUUUUUAAAGAACUAAUUUCAAGGGAAUUAAAAUUGUACAAAAUACUUGGCAUGUAAGGUGAUGAGGAUUUAAUCAUGCAGCCAAUUAAAUAAGCACUUUUGAGAA